CGAGCGAGUUUAAACCGGAUGUAGCUCCACAACCACAACAAACCGCAUGCUCGCGUGGUCACCGCGGAAGAAGUUUUCCUUUCACUAAAGUGGCUAUUCGUCAUGUAAUGUAUCGUGGAGUCUCUCAAUCGAUGCAUAGAAUGUCAGUUGAGGAGACUGCAACGGAGAGUAAAAGUCAAGGCGAAGAGAUGAAGGGGGCGAUAAGGAAGAUUUCUCUGUCGAAUUGUGGGGUCUGUGGCUUUGGAGAGGCCAAGUACAAGUGCCCCGCCUGUCUCACACACUCGUGCAGUUUGCUUUGCGUGAAGAAACACAAGGAAGAAUCAAGAUGCAGUGGUGUCAGAAACAAAACCGCCUUCCUCAACCUCUCUCAAUUUGAUGAAAUGACUCUCCUCAGUGGUAAGCAUGUACUUAUUCAUACAGAUUGAUUCAUUCAGUCUAUU